ACUGCUGCUUGUUCCUUUGUAUUCCACCGACAGACAUUUGGAUGUAGCUUCUGCAUUCAGGAGCAGCAUGUUCAGACAAAGCUUCACUCAUCCGAGGACACCUUCCUGUUGGCUGUGUGUCUUAUUGUUGUGCGAUGCAGCUCUCUGGAGCACAGAAUUAAGGUGCACAGAAGCGAUGCAGGUGACGUCCACCGGCCCCCGGACCAUCCAGAAGGCCGAGGGGGAAAGUGUGACUUUGGGCUGCAGCUAUACGCCAAGUCCUUUUGACACCGGAGAGCUUGACAUCGAGUGGUCUGUGGUCAGUCCAGACACCACGCAGAAAGAUCAAAUGCUUAUAUCCUAUACCAGCGGCACUAAAUACUUGCACGAUCUUGCAAAAGGGCUCAGUUUUGCUGCUGGUGACCCCUCGGCUGGUGACGCUUCGCUCUCAAUCGCCGUACUGUCGCCUGCUCAUACUGCGACCUACCAGUGUAAAGUUAAGAAAUCACCUGGAGUGGAUACACUCAAGAUGUCUCUGGUGGUAAUGGUGAAGCCGUCUGUACCUAAGUGCUGGGUGGAGGGAGGGGAGCUGGUCGGAGAGGCUGCGUCGCUGCACUGUCAGUCGACAGAAGGCUCCACUCCCUUAAAGUACACUUGGAGGCGAGAAAUUGCAGGACCUAUCCCUGCUGCAGCCACACAGAACAGUGCAACCGGGGAGCUGAAAAUCAGCAACCACUCGCUGAGCUUUGCAGGAAUCUACAUCUGUGAGGUGAACAAUGCCGUUGGAUCCGAACGCUGCAGGAUCAACCUGAAAGCCAACAAAUCUCCAAACAGAGCUGCGGUGAUAGUCGGUACCACUGUGGGUUCGCUGCUUCUCAUCUUCAUCCUGCUGGUCUUCAUCGUGCUUCUUUGCUGGAAGUUCAACAGCAGACGUCGCUAUGAGAAGGAGUUCUCCAAUGAGAUCAGGGAGGACUCAGCGCCUCCGGACAGCCGUCCGGUCAGCCGUCGGAGCACCGGUCAGCGUCCAGAUGUGACUUAUUGUCCAGUGGAUGGGGCUGAGGUGAGCUCUUUCAGCGACGGAAGCCAAAACUCUCCCUCCAGCUUCACCCACGGACACAAGCCGGUCAUUCAAUAUGACAGCAAGUACGGAUACGCCGUGUGACAGCAGCUUUUUUUGUUUUUUGUUUU